CCCCGGCUCCGUGGGGACCGAGGCUGGCAUCGGGCCUCCGCCACCUGCUGGAGGUGUGGCCUCGGUUUCCGGCCUAUGGAAUUGUGUGGAAGGCGGUGGAUCGGAGGACUGGCGAGGUCGUGGCCAUCAAGAAAAUCUUUGAUGCCUUUAGGGAUAAGACGGAUGCCCAGAGAACGUUCCGGGAAGUCAUGCUGCUCCAGGAAUUUGGGGACCAUCCAAACAUCAUUAGGCUCUUGGAUGUGAUCCAGGCGGAGAAUGACAGGGACAUCUACCUGGUGUUUGAGUUUAUGGACACGGACCUGAACGCCGUCAUCUGCAAGGGCACGCUGCUGAAGGACGUGCACAAGCGCUACAUCUUCUACCAGCUGCUGCGGGCCGCCAAGUUCAUCCACUCGGGCCGCGUCAUCCACCGAGACCAGAAGGUGCCACCUCGCCUGGCCCACUACCUGCUGGCUCUCGGCUCAGGCUACGGAGCCUCAGUCCUGCAGCACCUGGCGGCCGGGGAGAAGAUGGGCCCCAAGCAAGCCGGCAGAAGGCAGAUGGACCGGCAGGAAGUGAGCCUCCAGCGACCACAGAUGGAGAUGGGAGGUCCUGAGGAGGUGGGAGGCCCAGAGAGAGGACGAGGCAGCCAGGAGACGGCAGAGGCAGCGUAG